AUGCCUCCUCUUGUUUAUGAUCCUGAAAAGAAACAUGAUCACGAUUCACUCACGGCAUAUCGCGUGAAUGAUCUCAUCGAUUCGUUGCAUCCCGAACAGAAGUAUGCCGUCUUCAUCUGUUGUCAAGAUUAUCAAUGCGUCCUCGAUCGCAUUCAUGGCUUUCAUCAGGUAGUUAAAAUUCAUGUUUGCACUGAUCACUGCCCUGAACCUAAUGGCAUUCAAUGGAUGACCACUCAUCAAAAAGUUGACCCAUGCGAUGAUCCUCAAUCCUGGGUAUCCUUGGCUUUAAUCUUGACAUUGGAACCACGAGGUACUCAACAGCAAAAUAAUCUACGUUCGUUGCAAAUGCAAGGGAUCGUCUCUGCUAUUCAAGUAUCGCUCGAUGAACCGUGUGUUAGCACACAAGAGACACAUUUUGCAGAUGCGUCAUCCGACGAAGGUACUGAACCCGAUGCAAAUCCUUAA